CCCUCAUCAUCAUCCACUCCAACCCUCAACAUCAACCACUCCAGCCCUCAACAUCCACCACUCCAGCCCUCAACAUCCACCACUCCAGCCCUCAACAUCCACCACUCCAGCCCUCAACAUCCACCACUCCAGCCCUCAACAUCCACCACUCCAGCCCUCAACAUCCACCACUCCAGGCCUCAACAUCCACCACUCCAGCCCUCAACAUCCACCACUCCAGCCCUCAACAUCCACCACUCCAGCCCUCAACAUCCACCACUCCAGGCCACAACAUCCACCACUCUAGCCCUCAACAUCCACCACUCUAGCCCUCAACAUCCACCACUCCAACCCUCAACAUCCACCCUCUUCAUCAACCACUCCAGCCCUCAACAUCCACCACUCCAGCCCUCAACAUCCACCACUCCAGCCCUCAACAUCCACCACUCCAGCCCUCAACAUCCACCACUCCAGCCCUCAACAUCCACCACUCCAGCCCUCAACAUCCACCACUCCAGCCCUCAACAUCCACCCUCAACAUCCACCACUCCAGGCUUCAACAUCCACCACUCCAGCCCUCAACAUCCACCACUCCAGCCCUCAACAUCCACCACUCCAGCCCUCAACAUCCACCACUCCAGCCCUCAACAUCCACUACUCCAGCCCUCAACAUCCACCACUCCAGCCCUCAACAUCCACCACUACAGCCCUCAACAUCCACCACUCCAGCCCUCAACAUCCACCACUCCAGCCCUCAACAUCAACCACUCCAGCCCUCAACAUCCACUACUCCAGCUCUCAACAUCCACCACUCCAGCCCUCAACAUCCACCACUACAGCCCUCAACAUCAACCACUCCAGCCCUCAACAUCCACCACUCCAGCCCUCAACAUCAACCACUCCAGCCCUCAAUAUCCACCACUCCAGCCCUCAACAUCAACCACUCCAGCCCUCAAUAUCCACCACUCCAGCCCUCAACAUCCACCACUCCAGCCCUCAACAUCCACCACUCCAGCCCUCAACAUCAACCACUCCAGCCCUCAACAUCCACCACUCCAGCCCUCAUCAUCAACCACUCCAGCCCUCAUCAUCAACCACUCCAGCCCUCAACAUCCACCACUCCAGCCCUCAACAUCCACCACUACAGCCCUCAACAUCCACCACUCCAGCCCUCAACAUCCACCACUACAGCCCUCAACAUCAACCACUCCAGCCCCCAACAUCAACCACUCCACCCUCAACAUCCACCACUCCAGCCCUCAACAUCAACCACUCCAGCCCUCAACAUCCACCACUCCAGCCCUCAACAUCAACCACUCCAGCCCUCAACAUCCACCACUCCAGCCCUCAUCAUCAACCACUCCAGCCCUCAACAUCCACCACUCCAGCCCUCAACAUCCACCACUACAGCCCUCAACAUCAACCACUCCAGCCCCCAACAUCAACCCUCAACAUCAGCCACUUCAGUUCACAAUUUCCACCCACUGA